GCCGUUCGGCGGGUACCCGGUGCUAACCUGCGGCUAAUGCUAGUGUCACUUUCUCCACUUUUCUCCCUUUAAACUCCUCAAACCGCGGCCGGGGACGUGAGUCGAAACCGAGCCGGGCCCAGCCGCACUGUCAGCGGUGUAAAGAAGAGCCGUGAGCCGCACAGGUUCAGAAGUUUGGCUCUUUUGGGUGUUAGCUCCGGAGGCUAACGACGCUUGUUUUGGUUCCGAUGCUCAAAGUUUGGCUUCACAGCAGAGCCUGAGAGGAGUGAGACUGGGCACAGCGGGCACACACACGGAGCGGGCACACACACACGGAGCGGGCACACAUACACGGAGCGGGCACGCACACGGAGCGGACACAGGGACAAUGGCGCCCGUGUCGGACGUGGAGCGGGGGGCAGAGGGCAGCGAGGGUCUGUCCAGAGAAGACUGUCUGUGUCCCAUCUGUCUGGAGAUCUUCAUGGAACCAGUGACACUGCCAUGUGCUCACACCUUCUGCAAGGCGUGUUUCCUGGAGUCCGUGGACAAGACGACUCUCUGCUGCCCCCUGUGUCGUAAGAGAGUGUCGACGUGGGCGAGACGACACAACCGCGACAGGAGCUUAGUGAACGAGGAUCUGUGGGCGAGGAUCCAGAGAGUCUUUCCCCAGAACACAGAGAGGAGAGGAGCACACGACGACACGGAGACGAUGUGUUUCCCCAGACUGAGUGAACCUGGAGCUCUGAGACGAGAGUACGAAGACCAGAUCUCCAAGCUCACAGAGGAGAAGCGAGCGUUGGAGGAGCAGGAGUGUCGGGCGAGCGAGGAGCUGAUUCAGAGACUCCUGGCGGAGGAGGAGGAGCUUCUGAAGCAGCAGAGGAGACGAGACGAAGACGACGAGAGGCUGGCUCGACUCCUCAGCAGAGAACUGAACUCCACAUCAGCAGAGUCGGAGCAGAGCCGCGCCCCACAGGAGACUCCAGUCAAGAAGAAACCUCUGGGCCAGAUCGACAGGUUCCUGUGUCCGCUCUCCAGAAGCCCCGCCCACAUCUCCCACGCCAACAAGGAGAACAUGUUGGUCGAUCUGAGCUCUGAGCCGCCGCCGCUCGACUUCUACGGCCCGCAGACCGACACGGAGCGACCGCGCGUCCAGUCGCCGGGCGGGACGGCGGACCAGCCCGACCGCGGCGACCGGCCUGCGGAGGGCGGGGCCAAGAGGAAGAGCGGCGAGGCGCAGGACGACGACGACGAGACGCGGGGCAAACGCAGCUGCCCCUCGUCCGGUCUGGUGGGCGUGGCCUUGGCGGAGUGGGAGGAGGAGCUUCAGCGGCGCAGGAGGCAGGAGGAGGAGGAUCUGCGCUUGGCCCUGGAGCUGCAGAGACAACUGGACCGACAACAGCGACACACCGACCGACGCAAAGGCUCCGAGGACGCCUACCUGCUCCGAGCCGCCCGCGGGACGCCCGAGGACACCGCCCCCGCCGCCGCCCGCAAGAGACCGCCCGCUGCUGCCACGGCGACGCUCUCCACGCCUGUCCGUCAAACUCAGACUACUCUUAAAGCCGCCGCUGUCCAAAGACGACACCCGCCCUCGGCCACCGUCACCCGGGCCACCCUGACCGACCCCGCCUCCGACCCCGCUCCCCCCGAACAACCGCGUGCCUUCAGUCCACCGCUGCCUGCGCCGAAACCCGCCAAACCGGGACCCGCGACGCCCAAAACCUGCCCCAAAACUCCACAAACCUGCCCCAAGUCCAAGCGGCAGACCACGCUCACGGACCUGUUCAACCUCCACGGCUGAACCAAGGAACUCUGACCAAAACACGAGGACAAUAAAACUUCUGAAUCGUAAAAGAGUGACAAAAAUACUUUUUUUGGGGGGAAAAUCCGCACUUUGCUAAAAUACAAGUUUGAGUUCAAGAUUUGGGACUAAACCAAUUUCUGACGUUUAAACUUUAAUCCUGAAGUGUCCUGAAGCAAAAUUUAGUUGAGUUUUCCUCCCGUGUUCUAACGCCGGUCCCUCGUGAAAAAAAACAAACGGUUGGUGGUACGAGUCUGUAUGAGGCUCCGCCCACGAGCUCCAUUAAAAACCACAAAGACGCAAAACUGAACACGGCGACCGCACAAACCCGCGGGAGUCUCGUUAGUGCGACGCAAAACGAGCGUGUGGGAUGGUGCUCUGAAGGGGGAGGGAGUUAGCACAGAGAGCAAAGGGGAAGGGGGGCGGGGUCAGAGGAUCAAAAACGAAAGUGAAACUGCUAAAACGUGUUAAACCCACAGGCGUAAAUACCGUUAAACAUCGGGCGUCAAAUCAGGAAUGUGUAAAAGUGAAGGACCAAAAACACUACAGGAUCCAGGACUGAACCAGGAUUUGAACCAGCGACCUUCUCGUUUGGGGGGAAAACGCUCUUUCUCCGAUUUUAGUUUGAAAACUUGAGUUGAUUUAAAAAAAGAAAGAAAAAAGAAAAAAAAAAGUUUGGAAAGGACAAAGUUUGGGUUUGAGUUGAGCCGAUGUGUGACGUGUGCGGAGGGAUACGAGAGGAAAUAGUCCCUCAAACAUGAGUCCUGGUUUAGUCCUGGUUCAGUCCUGGUUCAGACCUGGUUCAGUCCUGGUUCAGUCCUGGUUCAGUCCUGGUUUAAUCCUGGUUUAAUCCUGGUUCAGUCCUGGUUUAAUCCUGGUUCAGUCCUGGUUCAGUCCUGGUUUAGUGGUUUAGUCCUGGUUUAGUUCUUUGUAGAGCUCAGUACACUUGUCUCUGGUCUGACCUUUGCUGCUCAAAUAAACCUUCACUCUUUGUACAAA